GCCCAAAACGAACAUUUGCUAAUACUAGCCUACUAACCUUCCCCUCUCUUUCAUUUUUAAACACAUUUCAUUAUUCCUUUCCGAUCGCCGGCCGUCGUGUCGCCGCCGGCACGUUCGGGUCUUAAGAAAAACAUACAAAAAUUAGGGUUUUUUUUUUCCCCCAUUUCAUCGAUCCAAGCAUAUAUAAGCUACUGAAAAACACACACAAAAAAUCAACAUUUAAUCGAUUUAGAGAGAAGCGAAGGAUGAUUACGAGAUCGAAAUUAGCAGAGCAGUUAAGAGAGUAUCAGAUUAAAUCCAAGCAUGAUUGGGCAUCUGUGUCUUUUUUCUCAUCUACAUCUAAUUUAACAUCCACAAGGGUGGAUGUCGUCAUCUUCGUGAUAUGGGAACUGGUUAUUUUAGCAUUCCUGGUUUUUUCUGCCGUAUCACUGUACUUCAGGCAUCUAAAACUUGCUUUUAUUUUAUUAUGUGUGACCUUGCUAUUGCUUUUAUGCAUGAAAAUAGCAAAGAAAGUAAGGUCAGCGAGGAAAAAGAAACGAAGGAUGCUUCUCCCAUUAUCCAUGUAGAGGUGUAGGAUGCGAGAAUUCUUUUACAACGAGGAACAAACUCCUUUUCUUGUAAAUUAAGAGAAAUGUCUUACUGCUAUUUUGGUGUCCCUUUUGUGUUCCUUUAACACGUAAUGGAAUUAGAGGCUGGCUGAUUAAAUGUUUUGGAUAAUUUCACAUUAGAGUUAUUUUGUCCGCUCCCAUACUGCAGGCUUUCAUGCUGGUGAUGUUGCUUCUUGUUGGUUUAUCCUUCAUGUUAUGAAAUUUCAUGUACCUUGUUUUCA